GAUUUGGUGCAGGCGUGGACUGGACGAAGGUGAAAAUACUUGAACAAUCUCACGAGAAAAUAUGAGAUUUUACUGAUUAUUGUUUACAUUGCAAAAACAUGAGAACCGAAUCGAUCCGGAUUAUACUGAAACGCCUGUAACUGUACAACUUCCGAAACAGAUUGGUUUCUCCCCUGCGGCGAGGAAGGAGAUUGGAGCCGAACUUUGUUUUGAUCUAGACGAAAGCCUGGACCCGAAAUUUCAUCUCACCAACGGGGGAGAAAAGAUAGGGGGGAUCUAACGUUAGCUUUAAGGCAUCACUUCCACCAGGUGAAAAACUGAGAAUCUCGAGGGUCGCCAUUGUGUGGAGCGAGACAUCCGACAUUUGCACGGAAUGGUCUUCGGGGAGAGGGAUGUGAUGGGGAUCCCCGCCUAGGCAACACAGAAAGGCGGGUUUGGGAUACCCGGAGUGGUCGAGGCCUCCGAGGGAAUCCUCCGUCGUCUACCUUGAGCCCACGGCGCGCUCCCGUGUCUUGAUCGUUAACAAUCAGCACGCGAGGGACGCGGCUGUGGAUGCGGCCUAGCCUGGGAGGGUCUGCCGAGCAUCUGGGGAAACAACGGGGACGGCUCCGGGGUUAACAACAGGACUGAAAAAUAUCACAUUGCACCAUGAUGGAAGAACUGCAUAGCCUGGACCCCCGACGGCAGGAGCUGCUGGAGGCUCGCUUCACUGGGGUCGGUGUGGCUAAGGGGUCAGGACAAAAUCAGAAUGAGUCAUCCAAUCAGAGCCUAUGCAGCGUGGGCUCUCUCAGUGACAAAGAGCUAGAGACUCCUGAGAAAAAGGCAAAUGACCAGAGAGUACGAAAAAGGAAAGCAGACCAUUUUGACAGCAGCCAAGGCAAAGCAGGAGCAAGAGGGCACAAAAUUAGUGAUUAUUUUGAGUUUGCGGGAGGUAGCGGUCCUGGUACCAGCCCUGCCAGGGGAAUUCCACCAGUGGUCCGCUCUUCCCCACAACACUCGCUCUCCAACCCCCCUGUCACGGUGCAGCAGGGAAGCCCCUCCUCUGUCAGUUCGUCCAAUACAGAGCACUCAUCAUGUUCACUGAAGCCUGCUUCUCUUCACAUGCUCCACAAAGCCACACAGUCGGAUCUUACUAUAGAGAAACUAACGGCAAUGGAGAACAACAAGAACUCUGACCUGGAGAAGAAGGAGGGCAGAAUAGAUGAUUUGCUGAGGGCAAACUGUGAUUUGAGGAGACAGAUUGAUGAACAGCAGAGGAUGCUCGAGCGAUACAAAGAACGUUUGAAUAAAUGCGUUACAAUGUCCAAGAAGCUGCUGAUUGAAAAGUCCAAACAGGAAAAGAUGGCUUGCCGGGAUAAAAGCAUGCAGGACAGGCUUCGACUUGGCCAUUUCACCACAGUGAGACAUGGAGCGUCUUUUACAGAACAGUGGACAGAUGGAUACGCCUUUCAGAACCUUAUCAAACAACAAGAAAGGAUCAACUCCCAGCGAGAGGACAUCGAAAGGCAGAGGAAACUUCUGGCUAAACGCAAGCCGCCCUCUAUGGCUCAGACUCCCCCUCCGAGCUUAGAGCAAAACAAACGCAAAAGCAAGGCCAAUGGAACAGAAAGUGAAGCGCUAUCGCAGGCCGAGUACCAUGAGCAAGAGGAAAUCUUUAAGCUAAGACUAGGCCAUCUUAAGAAGGAGGAGGCAGAGAUCCAGGCAGAGCUAGAAAGGUUGGAGCGAGUGCGAAACCUGCACAUUCGAGAGCUGAAACGGAUCCACAAUGAGGAUAAUUCUCAGUUCAAAGAUCACCCUACGCUAAAUGAUCGAUACCUACUACUCCAUUUACUCGGACGGGGAGGUUUCAGUGAAGUUUACAAGGCUUUUGACUUGACAGAGCAAAGGUAUGUUGCAGUUAAAAUCCACCAGUUAAACAAGAACUGGAGGGAUGAGAAGAAGGAAAAUUAUCACAAACAUGCAUGCAGAGAAUAUAGAAUCCAUAAAGAGCUGGACCACCCACGAAUAGUUAAACUUUACGACUACUUUUCGCUUGACACUGAUUCGUUCUGCACAGUCCUGGAGUACUGCGAGGGCAACGACCUGGAUUUCUACCUAAAGCAGCACAAACUUAUGUCAGAGAAAGAGGGUCGCUCCAUCAUCAUGCAGAUUGUCAAUGCCCUCAAGUACCUCAAUGAGAUCCGACCGCCCAUUAUCCACUACGACCUUAAACCUGGUAAUAUCCUUCUGGUGAACGGCACUGCCUGUGGGGAGAUUAAGAUCACAGACUUUGGCUUGUCGAAGAUCAUGGACGAUGACAGCUACAACUCAGUGGACGGGAUGGAGCUGACGUCACAGGGAGCAGGGACCUACUGGUACCUGCCUCCUGAGUGCUUUGUGGUUGGGAAAGAACCACCCAAAAUCUCCAAUAAGGUGGACGUGUGGUCUGUAGGAGUCAUUUUCUACCAGUGUUUGUAUGGUCGCAAGCCUUUUGGACAUAACCAGUCCCAGCAGGACAUCCUGCAGGAGAACACCAUACUGAAGGCGACAGAUGUGCAGUUUCCCCCUAAACCUGUAGUCACACCUGAAGCUAAGGCCUUUAUAAGGCGCUGUCUAGUGUACCGUAAGGAGGACCGCAUCGACGUGCACCAGUUGGCCAGUGACCCAUUCCUCAUGCCCCACAUCCGUAAAUCGGUGGCCUUCUCGGGCACCUCAGGCAUGGCCGUGGCCUCCACAUCCAGCUCCUCCAACAGCAGCGCCUCAAACUGAGCCCACGCCCCUUAAACAGACUGACUUGACCAUUUGACAUGGGGGGGUGGGAGGGGGAGCGGCGCCAUGGGGCGCCCCCUCUCUCAACAUCAUCCCACCUGGCCAUGAAGAGCCUGAGGGAAACUGGUCAGAAGACAGCAGAGGGGUGGAUGAGCAGCCAUGGGUGGGUUUGGAAGGGAGACCUACGUCACCCCCCCCUCACACCGCUCAUGCCCACCCACCCCAGCCUACCUUUCCUGUUUUCUCACGGGGGUGGCACUGUUCUGGGGGUCAAAGCCCUGGACGACUCAUACAGCGAAGGGGCAACGUUUGGCACUGUGUUGGUGAAAAGUGGGGUUCAGUGUUUGGGUUUUUUUUCUUUUCUGCUUAAAAAAGAGAAAAUUCAAAGAAGUAUAGAAGUGCUUCAGCUUGGCCAGAUGGAACAGACGGCCUCGUACCCAUAUGCACUCACACACAUGCAUGAGCCAUUCUGCUCCAAGGUAGUCUGAUCUCAUUUCGUUUGUUCUCAUCUCCCUGAUCCUAACUGAGAACCAGUCUGGCCUGUUCUUGUAUUGAACCCUAACUAUCUAUGGCGCUACGUCAUCCAAACCGCUGUUCUGGGAUCCCAUGCCCCACUUUAAUUCCAGACCCAGAUAAUUUGUGACGAGGAGGGACAGAAGCAGCCGCCCUCCAUUACCCCCUUCCUCCUAACUCCUCGUCAUACUCCUGUGACCAAAGCUUAUAACUUCCAGUUGGUGGCAGUGUUCCACCUCCGUUUUUAUAAUGAAUGGUUUUAGAAUCGUGUUACUUGAUAUGGAGUGGAAGCUGUUGAGGUUAGACCCCUUUUACAUUUUUUUUUAACUUUUCAUUUUAACCAGUUUUAUGGAGAAAACUGUUGUGUUUUUCAAGUUGCCUUUAAUUAGAACUGUUAUUGUUUUGAUUGACCCCCUACCAUAACACACAUAUUUAUUUAGGUAUGUUUGAAUUUAUUUUUGGCCAAUAAAAUGCAAGGGACUGGUUUACCUUAUAGUACUGUUGGGGGGAGACUGGGCCUUAGCAGAGAGUUGCAUAAACCAUUAAAUACUAUUGGUUAAAAGGUG